GAGAAGGGCUGGGAGCGAGCCAGCCUACGCCACAAUGGAGCGGGCAUACAGCAUGGGGGUUCUACCUACGACUUGAAGAUGCAGCUGAAACGCCUGAGGGAGUACGGGAAGCACCAGAUGUGUUGGGCGAUCCUCGCGGCAGCGUGCGCAGGAGCAUUCGGAGAGGACGCUUGCAACCUGUGCGAGCGCGGCGAGAUUGCGGACGACUUCCUCAUCGUCUGGGGCGAAUGCUGCUGCAGGAGCGAACGCAGCGUCUGCUGGAAAACGGAGGACCUGGUUCACCGAGCGCGACAAGGACAGCACGAGUGGGCGGCGUUCUGGCUUAGAGGGAUCACGCCACGAUCAUGGGCUACGCCACCAGUGUGCGAGACCGAGUACCAGCCAACACGGUCGGGUUCAGCAGCCAACAUCACUAACGAGGAGCACGGCGACAAGCUGAACUUGACGGAAGGCGUGAUGGCCUGUGGAGAUGGAAGCGGAGGUAAACACGGCGGCGACGCACGGUGCAGGAGAAACGGCUGGAGCUGGACCAUCAUGCAGAACAGCGGGGGGAUCUGGCAGGAGGCGGCAAUUGCGCAUGGGCCGCUUCCAGGAGCUCGCCAGUCCAAUAACGGGGCGGAGAUUGCGGCCGUCUUGGACUGCCUGCAGUCGACGGAGGGCGACCUGGUCUUCACGGGCUGGGACAGCAGAAAGUAUAUACCCAUGGGCUACCAGAAAGCGCACGGAGACCUCUGGAAGACGAUCAGGCAGCGACUGGAGGCGCGAGGAGUAGCCGAGGUACCAGUGCGCCACAUAGGGGGCCACAUGACGAUCGAGCAGGAGGCGGCGGCGACGCAUGGGAUCCCGAGGGCGCACAUGGGCUGCCGCGACUGGGCCAGGGCGGCUGCGCACAAUGUCAGGACACGCAUCGGCCACGCCUACGUGGAGCAGCUCGAGCGGACCAAGCCCAUGGCAUGGGAAGGGAUGGCAGAGGCGAAACUCAGGAGGAAGCCGUCGCAGCUAGAGAUCGA